AUGUUGUUCAUCUUUGAUGUCGGUGCCCGCGUCGCUCAAUUCCUCUUCUCUGUCAUCGGGUUCUCCAUUUCCACGGUAUUGAUUCAUGGCCAAAAGGCGGGCGAUCCACCUCCGGUGACCCGAGGCGUUGGCAUCGCAGACUGCUUCGCUAUACUGGUGGCCCUUUCCGGCAUCAUGAUCCUAAUAGCCUCGCAUUCUUCACUCCAUGUGCGCGGCACCCAGGUGGUCUUGGACUUUGUCAUCGCAGCCACCCUGUUUGGAUUGGGGGUCAUGAUGGCACUCAUGGGCAGGGAUUGCGGAAGCGAACCGGUAGCUUUACUCUCCAGGAACCCCCUGAUCAACAAAGGCUGCCAAAGCGAGAUGCCCCCGGGGGUUGAAUACUUUUGGUGCGGCGUUUUGUAUCAUAUAGCAAACGAGACUACGUACGACGCCGAGGUUAUCGAAGGAUGGCUGAGGAAAGGUUGUCCACUUGCCUAUGUUGACGGAGUGUUUCAGUUCUUGUCGGCUACCGCUUCUUUGGCUUUGGCCGGUAUGGGUGUGGUAAAGCUAUUACCCGUGGACCCGAGAACGGUAGAGGAGAAAUGA